GGAAGCGAGAGGGGCCGUCUCCCCGCGAGUUGGAAGCGCCUUCCAAAAUGCCCAAGAAGAAGCCGACGCCCAUCCAGCUGAACCCAGCCCCUGACGGCUCAGCGGUUAACGGGACCAGUUCGGCGGAGACCAACUUGGAGGCCUUGCAAAAGAAGCUGGAAGAGCUGGAACUUGAUGAACAGCAGCGGAAGCGCCUCGAGGCCUUUCUUACCCAGAAGCAGAAGGUGGGAGAACUGAAGGAUGAUGACUUUGAGAAGAUCAGUGAGCUGGGUGCUGGCAAUGGUGGUGUGGUAUUCAAGGUCUCUCACAAGCCGUCCGGUUUGGUCAUGGCCAGAAAGCUAAUUCAUCUGGAGAUCAAACCUGCCAUCCGGAACCAGAUCAUAAGGGAACUGCAGGUUCUGCACGAGUGUAACUCCCCGUAUAUUGUUGGCUUCUAUGGUGCAUUCUACAGUGAUGGCGAGAUCAGCAUCUGCAUGGAGCACAUGGAUGGCGGUUCCUUGGAUCAGGUCCUGAAGAAAGCCGGAAGAAUUCCUGAACAAAUUUUAGGAAAAGUUAGUAUUGCUGUAAUAAAGGGACUGACAUAUCUGAGGGAGAAGCACAAGAUUAUGCACCGAGAUGUCAAGCCCUCCAAUAUCCUGGUGAACUCACGUGGGGAGAUCAAGCUCUGUGACUUUGGGGUCAGUGGACAGCUCAUUGACUCCAUGGCCAACUCCUUCGUGGGCACGAGGUCCUACAUGUCGCCAGAAAGACUUCAGGGGACUCACUAUUCUGUGCAGUCGGACAUCUGGAGCAUGGGACUGUCUCUGGUGGAGAUGGCGGUUGGGAGGUACCCCAUCCCUCCUCCAGAUGCCAAGGAGCUGGAGCUGAUGUUUGGGUGCCAUGUAGAGGGAGAUGCAGCUGAGACCCCGCCCCGGCCGAGGACUCCUGGGAGGCCCCUCAGCUCUUAUGGAAUGGACAGCCGACCACCCAUGGCAAUUUUUGAGUUGUUGGAUUACAUAGUCAACGAGCCUCCUCCAAAGCUUCCCAGUGGAGUGUUCAGUCUGGAAUUUCAAGAUUUUGUGAAUAAAUGCCUAAUAAAAAAUCCUGCAGAGAGAGCAGAUUUGAAGCAGCUCAUGGUUCAUGCUUUUAUCAAGAGAUCGGACGCUGAAGAAGUGGAUUUUGCAGGUUGGCUCUGCUCCACCAUUGGCCUUCAUCAGCCUAGCACACCCACCCACUCAGCUGGCGUCUAAGCUUUGUUGAAGCCGCAGAGAAGCCCCCACACACCCCCACACACCUCCGCCGGCGUGCCACGUUGCUUUGGGGCCUUGUUCCCGUGCCUGUCUCCAUUCAGACGUGUGUGUCACCUGUGACAAGAUGAAGAACAGCAUGUGCCAAAAUUCUACUUGUGUUAUUUUCCUGAUGACUGCCUUUGUUCUUACUAUUAUUAUUCCCCUAAGUGGAUUGGCUGUGUGCUUGGGGCAUCCGUGUAUGUGUGUGUGAUGAUCAAAACGUGU